CGCAGCCGGCGGAGAUCCUGGCCGAUCCCGCGGCGCCGGGGCGGGCCUGUCCCACCCAUCCCGGCGGGCGGCGGUGAUCCCGGAGCGUGGAGCCUGCGGUUGCCGGGGCAGCUGCGGGAUGAGACAUUCCCCCAUGGAUGUGUGCAUGUGCCAGGGGGUCCUGCCGGCCCACGCCGACCCCUGCGGGGAGCUGAGCGCCGGGCAGCUGCUCCGCCGGAUGGACGCCGCCGCCUGCCUCGCAGGUACUGGGAACACCCCGCCCGGAACACCGGGAACCUCGUUCGCCCAGGAGGCGGCGAGAUCACCCCCCGCCUUGGGGGCCGAGGGAGGCUUGAGGGAAGGUUUCAGACGGUGGAAGGGGAAAGUGUUCCAGAUUUCCCAGUCACGAGGGGGUGUGGAAGAGACCGCACAGAGUCACGUGGUCUUGCCUCGGUGCCGUCCCAGAGCACGUGCAGACCACUGUGUCCAGGCACAGCUUUGUGUCCGGGCACUUCUGGUUGAGUUAGAACCUGUAAAGCUUCUGUCCGCAGAAGACCACCUGGAGCACAGCCUGGAUAUUGAGAGGAGAAGAAUCAGACUAGGCUAUUUCCAGAUCUUUCAAAACCUAAUGCAGGAGAGUAAUAAGGAAGAUACUUUUGAAGAGGAAGAUGCAAUUUCAAUUGAACUUACUCGUGUAAGUUCAAUUGAGCUUGUCCUGCCUCCUCAUGCAAAUCAUCAUGGAAACACUGGUGGCCAGAUCAUGGCUUGGAUGGAGACAGUGGCGAGUAUUUCAGCAAGCCGCCUUUGUCAUUCAUACCCUGUCCUGAAAUCAGUGAACAUGUUUAAGUUCUGGGGACCCUCCUUUGUGGGCGACCACCUCGUCUUCAACACCACUGUGAACAACACCUUCCAGAACAGUGUGGAGGUUGGUGUCCGUGUUGAGGCUUAUGACUGUGAGGAGUGGAUCAAGGAUCAGCCACGGCACAUUAACAGUGCAUUCCUCAUCUUUAGUGCUGUGAAUGACAAAGGACAGCUGCUCCCCUUCCCCAAAGUCAAACCCACAACAGAGGAUGGUAUGAGAAGAUACCACAGAGCUAUUGCCCGAAGGAGAAUUCGUCUAACCGGAAAAUGCAUACUGUCUGCUAAAGGAGACAAACCUUCUGAACCCUGGGAGAGAAGCAACCAGGCAUAUUUGAGUUACAACAACGUAGCAGCACUGACACACCUGGCAGCAAAACCAAGAUGGGAAAUAACCAGGACGCAUCAUUGUGGAAUAAAAAUAUGGACUUUUGAGGAGGGUGAUGCAUUAUCUUUCAAGGUUGAAAUGCAGGUGAAGAUCCCAUCCGACCUGGCUUUUUACCUUCUGUCCGACUUCAUGUUGCGCCAGCAAUGGGACAAACAUUUCCUGACUUGUGAGGUCCUGCAGGCUGUGGGUGAAGAGGAGAAAAUAUAUUAUGUGAUGUCUCCCCCCACAAGGGGCUACGAACCCAGAGACUUUGUGAUUCUCGUGUCUCAAAGGCAACCCUGCAAGCCACAUGAACCCUACACCGUGGCUGUGAGGUCGGUGACCCUCAGGGCAGUGCCCCCAUCCCCAAAGUUCUCCAGGAGUGAAGUCCUUUGUGCCGGGUUCCAGAUAUACACCAGCACGAGCAGCUCCUGUACGUGAGUGUGUUACUUCAAUCAAGUGACAUCAGGAGUGAUGCCUUACUUAGCUGCAAAUCUCGCUGGCUCAUCAAAAUCCAUUGAAGACACAGCUUUGGAAUGUAUAAAGUUCUUGGAGACGAAAGGCUGCAUAUACUAAAGUUAAAAACAGAUUUCUGAAGGGACAUCUGAAGAUUAUCCAGCAAUUCUGGUUUAAAUUCCUGCAAGUGUGUUGAUCAUUUUUCUACAGGUUACUUACGUUGGAUCAUGUAGCCAGUAUUUGGCUUGAACCUGAGAAUACCUUGUACAAGCAUCUGCUAUCAAAUUGAGCUUAGGCUUUAGGAUCCAAAUUCAAUUUUUAAUUUAAAAAAGAUUAAGGGACAGAUUCUGCUUUUGAUUCCAUUAAUGAAUUUUGUAUAAAUGGAGGCAGAACUUGGCUCAGUGGAGCUGUAGCUCAUGAGACUGUUUCCCUGUUUUAAUGUUAUACUGUAUGAAAAGGCAUCCAAGCAGUUUUAAAUCUGUAAAUACCACCCCUUGUAACCUGCAAACCAGUGCUACCAAGUAGCUUUCCCUGUGCUCUGACCUGGCUGUCCAAGUCUUUGCACCCCCAUUAUUUAUAAACUGAUUACAGCCCAUGUAAAUUAGAGUUUGCUGCUUUUAAUACUUGUCUGUUUAUGUGUGACUUCCAAUAAAUUAUUGUUUCUGAGGUUACAAA